AUGAACAAUGGAUGGGGAUUUCUUGUUGAUGAAGAAAAAGGAGGCAGGUUACUUACUUUGGACACAAGUUCAAGCUUUGAAAACCUAAAGGCUAUGGUGUGUGAAGACUUUGGAAUUGAUGUAAACAUGGUCAAUAUAGAGCUGAGUUAUUUACCUUCCGAUUUGAUCAAUAGCAUCUACUCACCCCCUGUUAUCAUCACCAGUGAAAGACAAGUUCGAAAUUUUCUUACAUAUGUAAAGAACAAAGCUUCGACGCAGUUGUGUGUGAGUACUCAAGCCUCUAACAUAGCGGAAGAAGGUAGUGAGUCGCCUAACAGAGAGGAAGCGCUUAUGGAGUCUGACGAUUCAAGUGAUAUGGAUUCAGAACAAGAUGUUGAGGUACCUGACAGUGAAGAUGACAAAAAGUGUGACAAAGAAAAGAUCAAUGAAGAUGGUGUUCGCUUUUCUUUGGUGGAUGUUGUGAAGAAGGGUCAAUCUUUUACUUCCAAAACACUUUUGAAGGCAGCAUUCGAAAUAUGUGCAAUGAAAAAUAAUUUCGACUACGUGGUUGUCAGAUCGGAUAAAAAAGUAUGGUACAUUCGUUGCUCAGAUGAUGACUGCACAUGGCGUGUUCGUGCAGAGGGUUUAACAGGCUCAUCGUAUUUUAUCAUCAAAAAGUAUGUACCUGAUCAUUCAUGUGCUGCCUCCAAUAGGAAGGGUUCUGUUAGGACAGUUUCAGCAAAAACAGUGGGUACUCUGAUCAUGCAUAAGUAUGAAACUGCUAAAGAAGGACCGAGAUCGGAUGAUAUAAUCCAGUAUAUGCGUAUGGUAUAUGGAGUUGAGAUAUCCUAUUCUUUGGCGUGGGAUGCACGUGAAUAUGCAAUCAACGCAGUUAAAGGUAUUCCGGAGAAAGGUUAUGAAAAAAUUCCUAAAUACUUGCAUAUGAUGAAGGAAGCUAAUCCAGGGUCACACACAUUUUAUGAAAGGGAUACAAAAGGGAGAUUCAAAUACCUCUUCAUCUCGUUUGGUCAGAGUAGCAAAUACAAAGGAGUAUUACUAGUUGCUACAGCAUUAGAUGGAAACUCGAGUUUAUAUCCUAUUGCCUUUGGAGUUGUCGACUCAGAGAAUGACCUCGCGUGGAACUGGUUUAUGAGACAACUUAAUAUGGUCAUUGCUGACGACCAUAGUUUAGCUUUUGUGUCUGAUAGGAAUUCCUCAAUUGCUAAAGCUAUUGCGAGAGUGUACCCGCAAGCUCAUCAUGGAAUUUGCAUUCACCACUUGCUGAAUAAUGUUGUAACAUAUUUCAGCGGGAAAGGUGUGGCUGGUUUGGUUGCUAAGGCUUCUAAAGCUUAUCGAGCUGCUGAUUUUCGUAAGGUCUUCACUGCUAUUUUCGCUAUUAGUCCUGAAAUUGGACAGUAUCUCAUAGAUGCCGAUGUGAGGAAGUGGGCUCGUUGUCAGUUUCCGGGUUACAGAUAUGAUAUUAGGACUACUAACCCUGCGGAGUCGAUAAAUGCAGCUUUGCGUACGCCUAGAGAGUUUCCAGUGAUACCUUUGUUGGACAGCAUUAGGGAAAUGAUGACUCGAUGGUUUUUUAAACGUAGAACUUUAAGUUCUAAGCAUUCGAAGCCACUAACCAUUGCUGUGGAGAAGAAGAUUGACAGAAGGAUUGAGAAGGGUAAGACAUUUAAGGUGUUUCCCGUUAGCGAUCAUAGGUUUUUAGUUCAAGGUGACACUUUCGACUGCUCGGUAGACUUGGUCAGACGCACGUGUUCAUGUGGGAAAUUCGAUCUGAUGAAAAUCCCAUGCAGGCACGCCAUAAAAGCAGGCUUCAGUGUUGGAAUAAGACCACACACACUCACAGACGACAUGUACACUACUGCCUCAUGGCGCUCGGCUUAUGAAGAAAGCAUAAAUCCUAUUAGCGUCCCUGAAGAUGCAUGGAAACUCCCAUCUCAUGUGGAGAAGUCAAAAAUGCUUCCUCCAGAGAGUAGACGAGCUGCGGGUAGGAGAAAGAAACGCAGAUACGAGACAGCCGAAGAUAAGAUCCGUUCGUCACAAGGAACUCAACGCUCUACAGUUCGGAAAUGCAGUCGAUGUGGGAUUGAAGGUCACAACAGGAGAACAUGUGAUUUAGCAAUAUAA